AGAGAGAGAGAGAGAGGGAGAAGACUCGCGGAUCCCCCGACGACGACGUCCCGCCGUCAUCGUUGUCGCCGACGCCACCGUCAGCACGUGGGGACCCGCGCGAGACGGCAACCCCCUGUGUUUUCUUCCUCUUGGCCGGGGUUGAAGAACAAGAUCGAUCGAGCAGCGUCGAUCGCGACGAAGUUUCCUCGUCGAGAGGUUUCAACUUUCGUGCCGGAACCGGGACGUCAGCAGCGUACCUGCUAAUGAUGACGACCUGGUUGUCGUCUCGGGCUGUCGCAGAGGACCACUGAGUCCUGGAUGCAAGACAAGACGAGGUCGAGCUGCUUGACAGGUGCGGGCUGAUGGUCGGACAGCGACCAUCUCACGCUGCUGGAAACCAUAGAAGCUGAAGACGUGUGCCAGGAGAAGCGACUCUCUGACUCGGGAUUCCCACAGUACUUGCGAGCAGUUGUCGGGGUUCAACGAAACGCGAAAGAACCCUCGGUGCUUCCCUGAGUCCUGGGAUGCUCGUUCCGCGACCGAUAACGGCGGGUCGGAGAGGACGACCGGUUAGCUCGCGAGCGCGACGUCGAUCAUCCGUCGAAUCCUCCUUAUCACACCGACAGCUCCGCCUCCUUCAUCGCUCUUCGCAAGCAGCGAGCAGUCGUUUAUCAGCGAUCACCUCGUUCAGAUGUAGCGCUUUCGUCCCGGCGUCUUCGCGCUGCCGAAGAACCUGAGGACUUACUUAUUCGCCGAGGUGUCCUUGCGUCCCUCCGACACGCGUCUCCUGCGAGACACGAGAGCGAAAGACAUCACGCGAAGAGUAAUCGUCGAGGUCGUCGACGUCGACGUCGUGACGAGAGCCAAGUCGCGGGAACACGUGUUACUCGACGGUGGCGCGAGUGACAGCCGGGGUAUUUACCGUAGAUCCUGCGAAUCUCUCACUUCGACGAGGAGCGAACACGCGUGCAAGUGCGUGACGAGGCGGUGGUCGAAGACGAUGACGUGGAGUGCGCGGAGUGCCUGAGGCCGCGGACGAAGGAGCAUCGCUUCGCAUCGCACCAGGUCGUCCAUCGCGCGGAGAACUUCGCCUCCUCAGCUCCGAGAAGCGCAGCCAGAAGAGAAUUCAACGGACUCUGCAGCCGCGAGUGCGGCCCACGCGACCGACGGACAAUCAGCUUAGCUCAAGAAUCAAGUAUACGAAACGCCUAGUCAAGUAGCCAACUGCUAUUAUUAUUGCCAACCGAGGUACUCGCUCGAAGCAGACAACACCGAUCACUCGUUUGCGGGGUUCAGCAUCCGAGAUGCGUUCGCAGCCAACCCCUGCAUCGCGGAUCUCCUCGACGCGCCGGCUGCACGUCACUCUGAGCGAAGUCUUCGUGAGCCAACCGACACCCUGUGGGACUUCACGGCAGCGACAGCACUCGUGCACCCUGCUGAAGACCGUUCAUCGUCACGACACCAACAGCGUCAUCGACAUGACAAACACGCACGACGUCGGCCGGGUCGAGUCGUAACCUCGCGAGGGAAACGUGUCUUCGAUGGCCCGACGGCCAGCCUUCGCCGUCCGCGCCGAUGACGAGGAAGAAGACGAAGAAGUAGCCGAUUGUCGUUGGGGACGGUAGCCAGUGGUUGUCCUCCAGCGGAGGGAGCGUCGUGGAAGCGCUUCCACGGCCUCCGGCCGACUCUUCAAGAUGCGCUUCAACCAGACGACGCUGUUGGAGGAGGAGACGUUGGGCAACGCGACAGCGGCGACCAGUCUGCUCGGCGAGCUGCUGCUCGACGACACCGGCCAACGCGGCAACGUCACCGAGGAGCAGCGCGAGAUCGAGUACGUGUUACUGCUGACCGUCAAGGCGCUCGUCAUGGGCUUCAUCAUCCUUUGCGCCCUCUUCGGCAACCUGCUGGUGAUCGUGUCGGUGAUGCGGCACCGGAAGCUGCGCGUCAUCACCAACUACUUCGUCGUGUCGCUCGCGUUGGCCGACAUGUUGGUCGCGCUGUUCGCGAUGACGUUCAACGCGUCGGUCGAGCUGUCGGGCGGCCGGUGGCUCUUCGGUUACUUCAUGUGCGACGUGUGGAACUCGCUCGACGUGUUCUUCAGCACGGUCUCGAUCCUCCAUCUGUGCUGCAUCAGCGUGGACCGUUACUACGCGAUCGUGCAGCCGCUCGAUUAUCCGCUCAUCAUGACGAACCUGCGCCUCGGCACGAUGCUGAGCGUCGUGUGGUGCUCGCCCACCGUCAUGAGUUUCUUGCCGAUCUUCGCCGGCUGGUACACCACGCAGGAACACCUCGAGUACCGGCGCAACUACCCGGACGUGUGCGUGUUCCAGGUCAACAAGUUCUACGCGGUCGUCAGCUCAAGCAUCAGCUUCUGGGUGCCCGGCAUCAUCAUGAUCGCGAUGUACUACAGGAUCUACCGCGAGGCGGAUCGUCAGGAACGAAUGCUGUAUCGGAGCAAAGUGGCGGCCGCUCUUCUCAACAAGCACCUGCAGAUCAACGGGAUCUCCGCCGGUCUGACUUCUUUGCCGACCGUGGACCAAUCGUCGCCCGAUCCGCAACCGGAAGAGCCGCCGAUGGCCAGCAGCAGCAAGAUGAAGAGGGAACGGAAAGCGGCCAGGACGCUCGGCAUCAUCAUGUCGGCGUUCCUCGCCUGCUGGCUUCCUUUCUUUCUCUGGUACAUCAUCACGGCGUUGUGCGACUCUUGCGAGAGCGGCGAUGUGGUGGUGGCGGUGGUGUUCUGGGUUGGCUACUUCAACAGCGCGCUCAACCCGCUCAUCUACGCCUACUUCAACCGCGAGUUCCGCGCGGCCUUCCGCAAGACUCUGGAGAGCUGCUGCCGCGCGAUCGGCCCGGUGCGCGACCUCCGCCAGGUGCACCGCAAGCAGGACCUCGUCCACAGCAACGCGUCCUCCGAGCUGCACGUCAACAAUCAGCUGCGCAACAGCGAGAUGACCAACGUACACAUCGAGGCGUGCAUCUGAACGCGUCGCGUUCGUCAGAGGACGACGAAGGACGCGUCAUCUUGGCCCGGUGGCUCCUGCGUAUCCAGGAUGCCUCCUGGCCGGCGCCGGCGGAGCGGAGCGUUGGCACGCUCGACAGCGCACAUUCCCUCGUGGCUUCACGCCGGAAUAGCAUUUCUCUGGGAUAAUCUUACGUGGGAUGGACGGAAGGAUGUGGAAGAAUGGAAGAGAGGAAUGUUUCUCAGGAGCGGUUACGUGUGUUCUCCGCAGGAUCAGUCCCGAACGCCUGAUGGAGUGUGCGAACGCUCGCUACCUCGCUGCGGCUAGGACGAAAGUUCGAGAGAGAGUCACACGUUUACGGCUCCACGUCGAAUCGCAACCCGGCCUCCCCGAGCCUUUCGCGUCUUCCUCUCGCUGUCUUUUCGACGUGAGAGACUCAGCAGACUCGGUCUCCUCGGAAAUUUCGGUGACACAACGUGCCACACUUUUGGACGGGACGCGCUUCAGCGCUCGAGUGUUGUCGCAGGUAAAACGACCCCGUCGAUUCGAUUAAAUUGGCUCUUACGGCUGUGUGUCUGUAUGUGUGUAUAUGCGCGUAUAUGUGUGGAUACACGCGCGUGAAAUUAAGAAGAUAGGAUCGCAUCUCGUUUCAUUGCGGUAUCCGGUUAUUGCAAAUUAUGGUUUUAUUAAUUUUACUUAUUCAACCGGAGAGCCGACGUUCAAAUUGAAAUCGCUCCGGAUUUCCCGUUAGAAUCAAGCUCGCGCCAGUUUGAGAAUUAUUGUCGAUGAUUACGGUUUCAUUAAUUCGAUUACAAUCACCCUUGCGCCAUCAUCGAUCUAAAAUUUUUAUGACUUUAUUUGUUUUUUUAAGUUUCGAGUUUUCGGAAGUUUUUGAAAAAGCUGAUUGUAGAAGCUGAAAAAGAAAAUGAAGAAAAAUAGGGAUCGUGUUUCCUGAUUUAUCAAAUUCAAUUUUCACGGUGUUAAUUUAAUCAAUACUUAUUCGACCGCAGGAUUUAUGCGUGCACGGUUGAAAUUGAGAUCGCCCCGGAUGCGAUUUAAAUUAAACGUGUAUCGACUUGAAAAUUAUUGUAAAUAAUAACGAAUUCACCCAUUCAAUUAUAGUUACUUUU